CUCUCCAGCAGCACCAUGUCACUCUCCGUGCGCACCUCGGGGCUGUCCCAGCGAGUGUCCUCCCAAAGUGGGGCACUGGGCAGAGCCAGAGGCACCUCUGCCUCAAGCAUUGGAAGCAGCUACGGGGGAAGCGCUUUUGGCUCUGGAGGCUUUUCUGCCGCUUCCAUGUUUGGCUCUAGUUCUGGCUUUGGUGGUGGUUCUGGAAGUUCCUUUGCAGGAGGACUGGGCGCCGGUUAUGGGGGAGCCUGGGGAAGUGGCUUUGGAGGUCUGGGGUUUGGAUUUGGGGGAAGCCCAGGAGGGGGCUCUCUAGGGAUUCUCUCUGGCAACGACGGAGGACUUCUUUCUGGAUCAGAAAAGGAAACUAUGAAAAAUCUUAAUGACAGAUUGGCUUCCUACCUGGAUAAGGUUCGAGCUCUAGAAGAGGCUAACACUGACCUAGAAAACAAAAUUCGAGAAUGGUACGAAACACGAGGAUCUGGGACUGGAGACCCCGGAUCACAGAAUGAUUACAGUAAAUAUUACCCGUUGAUUGAAGACCUCAGGAAUAAGAUCAUUUCUGCCAGCAUCGCAAACGCCCAGCUCAUCCUGCAGAUCGACAACGCAAGACUGGCUGCCGAAGACUUCAGAGUGAAAUACGAAAACGAGCUGGCCCUGUGCCAGAAUGUGGAGGCCGACAUCAAUGGCCUGCGCAGGGUGCUGGAUGAGCUGACCCUGACCAGAGCUGACCUGGAGAUGCAGAUCGAGACCCUGAAAGAGGAGCUGGCCUACCUGAAGAAGAACCAUGAGGAGGAGCUCCAAAGCUUCCGGGCCGGGGGCCCAGGCCAGGUCAGUGUAGAAAUGGACGCCGUCCCCGGAGUGGACCUCACGAGGCUCCUCAACGACAUGCGGGGCCAGUACGAGGCCAUCGCGGAGCAGAAUCGGAAGGAUGCGGAAGCCUGGUUCAUCGAAAAGAGCGGGGAGCUCAGGAAGGAGAUCAGCAGCAACACCGAGCAGCUGCAGUCCAGCAAGAGCGAGGUCACCGACCUGCGGCGCGCGCUUCAGCACCUGGAGAUCGAGCUCCAGUCCCAGCUCGCCAUGAAGAAAUCCCUGGAGGAUUCGCUGGCCGAAACCGAGGGCGACUACUGCGGCCAGCUGUCCCAGGUGCAGCAGGUCAUCGGCAGCCUGGAAGAGCAGCUGCUGCAGGUGCGCGCCGACGCCGAGCGCCAGAGCGCCGACUACCAGCGGCUGCUGAACGUCAAGGCCCGCCUGGAGCUGGAGAUCGAGACCUACCGCAGCCUGCUGGACGGCGAGGCCCAAGGUAACUUCCUGGAUGACAGUUCAUAUGUGACAGCCUCCAAAUCUCAAACGCCAUCAACCGAUUCCUCUAAAGACCCUACGAAAGCCCGAAAAAUCAAGACAAUUGUGCAGGAAGUGGUGAAUGGUGAGGUGGUCUCAUCCCAAGUUCAGGAAAUUGAAGAACUAAUGUAA